AUGUCCACCAGUCGAGGAAACGAGACGACACCACUGCUUCCCAACCAAUUAUUGAAUUCCGGCAUUCCUGAAGAAGUGGAAGAAGAAGAAACCAUGAGCGGUCAACUUUACUGGAAGCUCGCUGCCACCUCGGCGGCGCUGAGUGUCGGAUUCGGGGCUUUCGGAGCACACGGCUUGAAGAACCGCAUUUCCGAUCCGUCAAAGAUUGCCAGCUGGACGACCGCUGCUCACUAUCAGCUUAUCCACUCCGUCGCCCUGCUCAUCGCCCGCCAGAACCCCGUCGCUUCUGGUCUCUUCACCGCCGGCAUGGCCAUGUUCAGCGGCAGCAUCUAUGCCCUCGUUCUCAACCCCGACCUGAAGUUCCUCGGACCCGUCACUCCCAUCGGUGGUCUUUCUCUCAUUGCUGGCUGGCUGGCACUCGCUUUCACCAAGGGUCGUGUUCGCAUCUAG